UAUUAAAAUUUGAAUAUACCUAUAAUAAAUAACGAGACAAAAUAAUUGUUUUCCAAAAAACCGGGGAAACGUUACAAAUGAAAAGAAAAAGUACCAAAUUGCAUUUUAACAGAAGAAAAGAUUUGAAGUUUAAUCUCCUUGUCUACAUACUGCUAUCAAAGGAAUGAUUUCUUUUAAAUCAUUUUAGCAGUGUAAUCGUGUUUACACAAUUGUGUAAAGUCCAGGAUAGAAUCAUUGAAUAUCUUUUACGGAUUAUUACAGUGAAUAUAAUAUUAAGUUUUUUGUCCAAAAUCUUUUAUCCUCUGACCGAAAGCUUCAAUCGAAGUACAUAAUGGAAUUGUGAUUAUUUGUCUUAAAAAAGGUGAUUAUCUAGUACGAGGUGACCAUUUAUACGUAGAAUACUUUGAAUAGGACUUGUUCGAAAUGCUGAAAUUGCAAUUCUUAGUCGCAUGUAUUUACAUAAGUUUGUAGUCAAUGUUCAGAAACAUGGCCGUAGACCGCUGUAACAGUACUUAACUGUUACAUUUAUUGCGAAUACAGCGAUGAAGAAAAUAAAAAAUAUUGUUGCCUUGUUGUGUGUCUAGAGCCAUGCAAUACAAGUAGGUAAAUGAAAUCUAGUAAAACAGGAAGAAUCCACUAAACGGAAUGGAAUGAUCCUUAAUUGCAUGCAAAUCUUAUAUUUCAAAUUAUUAGACCUACUUUUAUUUUUUACUUUUUUUAUUUAUAAACACAAAUAUUUUAUUUCCAUUUUAUUCAUUAUAAUUGAAUUGAAUAAAUACAUUACAUUAUUUAAAAUUGUACUAUUGUCAUGUUAUUUAUCCGGCCCGUACAGUGUUCCAACCGAACGACCCACGUAAAAUAAAAUAAUAGGCUGGAAUAUUUUCUCUUGUUUCCAUUUUUUAUUCAUUAGUAUCAUAAUUUUGAUACUAUUUAUCGCAAAACUAAAUUGUUAUGGGUGUGUAAGUUUGUAUUUAUUAUAAACAUUGUUUUUAUAAAUGUAAUAGCUCUUAGGAAUUCAUAUUCUAAAGUCAGUUUGUUAAUUUUGAUCCUACUUUAAUGCCUGGCUUACACUGCUGUUCGCGAACAUUUCUAUCCAGUGUAUGUAGACCCGACGUAACAUACUACAGCCCUGUAGCGCAGUUGCAUUCCAAUUACACAGGGUGUCUACGUUCAAGUAUUCCAAUCCCAUUAUUCCAUAACUAAAUAAUGAUGGUACAAAAAAAUUAUUUAUAUAAAAAUUACAUACUUAAAUGGAAAGUAUUUUUUCUUGACGAAAAAGAAUUUUUUACGUUAUUAUUUUAAAAGAUAUGUAUGAUGAUCAAGUUCUGUUUCUUAAAAAGGAACUACAUAUUUUUGUUUACAUCACUUUAAAGUACUUGUCAAUCCAUGUGGAGGAAGGGGUGGUAAUGUGGGCUCGAAUUUUAUAUUUCUUCCUAAAAUCUGAAUCAUAAUUUAAACUGUUUCAACCCUUAACAAUCGAGUAACGUCCGAUGGACACGUUUUCAAGUUGAUUAACGUACAGAAUCAGAUUUCAUUUUAUUGCGAAAUCACUUCGUCUAAUUUGUCUCCAAAAUUAUUAUGUUACCAAAGCUUCCUAAAAGAAAAUGAUGUCUUUUCAGUUUAACAAAUUUCGAAAAAUGAUAUAAAAAAAUACUGGUUUUUUAAGGGUUUUUGUGCGUAAAAUAUAUGUAAACUAAUAUGUAAGGUUAUCUGUGAUGAAAAAUGGCAGUAAAAGAAAUUUCAUUGAACUUAAUAUGUAUUACGAAAAUAAGUCAUUUUUGGAGCUUUUAGAAAGGUGAGGGUACCUCAUGGCUUACUCAUGAAAAUCAUACAAUAUCCUUUGGUAACAGUUUGACAUCAAAAGUAAAUAAAUCGAAUUCUAUUCUUCAUAUACAGUACCGAACAAAAGUGUUGGCACAGGCCGGAGGUUCAUAUUUAUAAAAUUCUCUGUAAAUCUGUAAAAUAUACUAUUUUCUUUUUCUUUUUUCUUUUUUCUAUUUUCUUUAAGAUUAUAUCAAUCUUAAACAUAAGUAUAAUAAAGCAAGAUGGUAAGAUACAUAUAAAGAUCAGUUUUCAGCGAAAGAAAAGUAUUGGCACACUUACGAUUUUGCAAUAGAAAUUUAUUAUAAUAUAUUAAUUUAAUAUCUUGUAUGUAAUCCCUUUUUCUCUAUUACUGUUUUCAAACGAUUAGGUAUUGAAUACACUAACUUUUUUGUAAUUUCUGGCCCUAUUUUCCGUCAUUCUUCAAAGAUCACUUGCUUCAGUUCUUGUUUCGAUAUAAUGUGGUGUCUUUGAAUCCUUCUUUGUAAUUCAGUCCAAAAAUGUUCAGUCGGAUUUAGGUCUGGGGAUUAUGGAAGGGUCGGUAACAUAAGCGGUAUAUUGAAAAUGAUCCCCACCAACGAACGAUAUACGCUGUAUGUUUGGGAUCAUUAUCGUGUUGGAAGUCGACUAGUAGUCUGCGUCUAAAUUUAGUUUCUCUGUACUUUUUUUCAAAUUUUGCUUUAAAAUAUUUAAAUAUACAUGUUUGUCCAUGUUAUUAUCUAUGAAAACAAGCUCUGCUACACCAGAGGAGCUCUUACACCCCCAUACCAUUACCUCACCUGUUUCUUUCUUCCAAUUCUGUAUUGGGACUUCGCCAAACUAAAAUCCGACCAUCACAUUGAAAAAUGUUAAAUUUGCUUUCAUCUGAAAAAAAUACUUUAUCCCAGAAUGUAGUAUCGUGAUGUACAUACAUAAGUAUUUGCACCUUACAACUCUUGAUUUACACCCAGCAUUUCUGAGCGAUCUCCGUACUGUCAAGGGAUGUAUCUUCACACUAUAUUCGUCUUUUAAUAUUGCAGCCACUUCUGACGAUGUAGUUUUAGGAUUUCUUUUUUUAUUAUAUUAACCAUUUUUCUUUUUUCACGAUCUGUAAGCUUCUAAGGAUAUUGGUCCGUAUCUUGUGAUAUUUAUUAGAUUUUCUUUGCCGAAAAACAGCUUAAUCACCUCUCUCACAAUAAAACGACUUUUUAAAAUAAUUUCUCCUAUUUCCGAAUAAAAUUUAAUAUAAUUUUUCUUUUAGAAAUUCUUUUUUUUUUUUUCUCUUCUUCUACUUUCCAUAUUCACUUUUUCUCUCCUUUUUUUGCAAAAUGUACCGACUAAAAUAUGACGAUCACUUUGAACCGGGGCGAGGAGAGCUUCCCGUGACCAACAUUGGAAAUAUUUAACUAAAGUACUAUACAGUAAAAAAUUUGUUACAAGUGCCAAUACUUUUGUUCCGCUGAAAACUGACUUUUAUGUGUAUCUUGCCAUGUUGCUUUAUUAUGUUUAUAUUUAAAAUUUAUGAUUCAUGGUAUACUUAAAAACUUUAUAUGAUACUCAAAGUUAUAUUUCACAAAAAAAUUAAAUAGAAAAUCGUAUAUCUUGUAGAUUUACAGAGAAUUUUAGACGAACCUCCGGCCUGUGCCAUUACUUUUGUUAGUAUGGUAACAUCCAUAGGAUGUUACUUUUUCUUAUUUUAAGAGUUGUCAAUUAAUAAAAAAAGAACAAGAAAGGUUCAAUAAUCUUCAGUUUAUGUUUAAUAUUAUCAAUAAGAAUUACACAAAAAAAUACUUAUAUAUAAUGCUAAACCAAAAAUGAAACGAAACUAGGAUACUCUUACAACAACGGUUAAAAGGGGUAGACACGGCACGUGACCUCUCCGAUUAGGCAGGUCGGUAGUACAGCAGUUUUUUCGUUGGGCCCGGUGGAGCCACUUGCGUGUUCUGUUACGAACUUGAAAGAACUAAUUCUCAGCUGUCGUGCCAUAUGCAUUUUGAAAGCGUGCGCGCAAGACGAUCUAAGAAGGCAACACAGCACCUCAAGUAUUUUUAUUUACAAACUUAUUACAAACAUACCGCGACGGUAUGCCUAAAGAACGAAACCGCAGACACAGUUCGACGAGUGACGUAAUCAAGCUAACGCCUGAUUUUGGCUACGAUUCCAAAUCGGCAGUCUUUUUAGUUUGACGCCACCUUAUAACUACUAGAUGAACUAAAUUUGUCACGCGACUUGCUCUGUAUUAUCCACAAAAUGGCGGAACUGGUCUGUGGGAAUGUAAUCACGAUUUUUCGUUUUUGUUUUCUUAAUUGAUAAAAGUAUAGAGGGUGCGUUACGCAAUUGGGACGGGAUAUAUCUUGAAUUUGGUAACAGAUAGAAAAAAGCUAUUCGUGUAAAAAUUGAAUGGUAUGAUAAUGUCUAUUUUUUUUACCACUUUAUUUUCUUCGUGAAUGCAACAAUGCAGUAAAAAAAUGCGGAUGUACUUUUUAUUUAAAUAGAAUUGCAUAUUUUUUUUACUCGUAUUAACUCCUUGGAACAUUCUGCAUAAAAAAGUACUAUGGUACUAUUAGGACUGAUAAAUGGAGAGGCCUCGGCUACCGAGAUCAAAAUUCAAGUUCUUUAACACAAGACCUUUUAUUUCUCCCAAAAAACAUAAAAAUAUAGAAUCGUAACUCGCUCGCGAUCAUAACAUAAUUAACAUAGGUAACUAAAAUCGUGUCGUUCCGCUGUGCUCGUGUCUAUAUCUCCUUCUUUCCCCUCUCUGCUAUUCCCUCUCUUCUAUUUCGCUAACGGGCCUAUGUCUAAUAGUACAAUGUUUGAAAAACUAAUAUUUCGUGAGAUAUCUCACGAUUUUUUUCAUAAGUCAUACCGCUCAACAUUUACAUCAAUAGCUUUUUCCUAUCUCUUACCAAAUUUAAGAUAUAAUUCGUCCGAAUUGCGUGACGCUUGUAUUUUCAGAAAUCUAUAGUAACUUUGUUUUUCGAAAUUCAUAAAAAAUACGAAGGAGUGUUAGUCAAUAUUCUGAGUGAAUGCAAACAAUUUAAAUAAAUAAAUAUCUCGCAUACAACUUAUGUAAACAUUUGCAGAAUUAUUGCAAAGAGGAGAUAUAUUCUUCUCUUGUUAUACCUCCUCUUUGAGCAAGGUUUGUUAUGGGGCGCUGUGAAAAAUCCAGGCGGGCGUCUGUCAAAACUUACCGAAGAGGAACAAUCUCAACAUUCCUAUUCCUUAGUGUUACUCUGCAAGGAAUGUACCGAUCGCGAUGAAACCUUUCAUUUCUAAUAGAAGAUAUUUCCACGAUGAUCCCAGUUGCAAAAAUGAUUAUUGGUGAGAAGCAAAAGGAUAUAAUUAAGGAUAUCAUUUAACGUGUCAAAAUAAAACAUAAAAGAUUCCAUACCAGAGUACAAUAAUUAUACAAUAUUAUUCAUAUAGUUGAUUAUUGUUAUAAUUACAAUUUAUCUUCUUGGCACUUAUAAUGAACCACAAGAAAUAAAGGAUAAUAUCGAGAAAUAUAAACAAGAUUAGGCCUGCAGAGAAAUAUUGGCUAUAGUACUUUCGUGAUAUACCUGAUUGAAAUUUGCGUCAGCAAUUGGUUGCAAAUUCAUGGACAAAGAAAAAAAUCAAUGACCUCGGUACCUAUAAACUAUUGUAUUAAUUUACAAGUUGAUAGAAAAGCCGAUCCUCCUAACGUUAAUUGGAAGUUACGAAAAAUUUGCUGAUAAUUGUGAUAUUAUCGGAUUGAAAUGAUGGUGAUUCUAAAUAAUGAAGACGAUAAUGAACAAUUUUUCAUAAUUUGUGGAAAAUUCUUAAAAUAAUUGAAACAGUGAAAGGUACGAAAAUGUCUGAAGGCAAAACAAAAUCAGUAUUGCCAAUGCCGGUGGUUACUUCUACACAAUGUUGUAAUAACUUAACCGAUACGCAGUGCCCAGGCCUCCAAGUGACAUCACGAAUGUUGCGAUCGCCAAGUCACGAGAGCGUCACAACAGAUCUCUCUCUUUUUAGCGUAUCCUCGAUAGCAAGUGAAUUACGAGGAGUAAAUAGACUCGUUACUUUCAAUUCUUACACUGAUGUACAUCUCGCUGGGCGUGGUCCAUCACCGAAACCAAAUUCUCGGCAAAUUCAAACUAACAGGCCAGCGAAUAUACCGGAAAUUCUUUGGUUCGAAGAAGAAAACGAAUUGAUUCGAAGCUGUGGUGUACUUUCCUCGGCACUCGGUCUCCGUAAAAGUUUUAGUACAAGCGAUGUAUCGCAACUACCGAGUCCUGAUGCAUCAGGCCCUAGCGGAUUGCGCGCCGCUAUGUCUGCGUUGGCUCUCGAUACUGCUCAAAGAAAUACUUUACUUUUGGAACAUACACGCCUUGAUCAUACCUCAAGAUCUUGUAGUACAUGGGUUGCUAUCGGUGAACCGGUAGCCAAUACAUCACAGCUUCCUAGUCCUCACGGAGGAGCUGCACAAGAACAACAAAAUCAGCAACAAUCUUCAAAUUCACGAUCGGUUCCACAGCCCCCACCUGCGCCACCACCACCGGCACCUUUUACUGGAGCCGAUUUCGUGAGGUCCGUGAACAAAAAGGUUCGCCAAAAUUACAUACGUCGAAGAUUACUAACGACAUAUCGCGCUUUGGAGCGACUUUCACAAAGUGAAUUCAAUUUAGACCAAUUAGAAGUUGUAGCGAGUGCAGCACAAACAACUUCUGGAACUACUUUAUUGGUCCCCGGAGCAACAGCGGCUACUGGAUCCUCGAUACCGGGGCGAAAGGAACGAAAUCACGCUUUGACCAUUAAAGAUGUCGAAAGAGAACGAGGAAAUCAAUUAUCAAAAUACGAAAGAAAUAUGAUGAUUUUUAACUGGUUACAUACUCUUGAUGAUACUGCUGCUGUUGACAGCGUAGAAUAAAUGAUAUAAAAUAACACUUAUUAUUUAAUAAUCAUUUCGGUACGUUUAUAUUUAACCGUCCAUCAUCAGAUCUGGGUGAAUUUUAACUCUAUUAAAGUAUAGAUAGUUUCAAUGCAUAGAUCGUUUCGAUCUCUGAAUCAGUGUGUGUAGUAUUCUUUCGAACUAACGUCUUCUUCGGUUAAUUAUUCGAACAAGUGAUUUUUGUAAUAUAUCACUGAUCACAAAAUUAUCAUCUUUAUUUAUGUAAAAAGUCCAAAAUUACAUUAAAUGUUGAAACAGAGACAUAAGUAUUCACAAAAAUUUCAUAUUUCUAUAGUAAUGAAAAUCAACAUCUAAUUAAAUCAUUCUUGAAUACAAAAUUUUUAGCUUUUUGUAAAAGAAAUUUAGAAAUAGUUUUAAUAUACAAUACGUAACAGUUUUCAUAACUGUUUGGCUAUAACACUUUCGUAAAAAGUAUAUAUACACGUAAUAAUUUUAUCUGUGAUGUUUUUAACUCGCUAUAUUACAACCUCUGUAAAACAAAUGGAUACUGUAAUCGUGAAAUCUUGAUUGAACCGAUACUUUUUUUGUACAAUAGUUCAAACGUUUUGAUUCUGUAUUGUACAUGAUGUUUCAGAAAAUAUGUAUAUUAUGGAAACUGACAAUUUUCCAUAUCAAAAGAAACUCCAAAGUCUUUACUGAUAACUUUUUAAUAUAAGACUUCGUUACUAAAAUAUAAAAUGAGUUACGAGAAAAAGAACAUCUGAAUAUAUAUAUAUAUAUAUCUGUUAUUUGUAAUGAUAUAGAAAAAGUUCCAUAAACAUGAAAUUUACACGUCAAGAGCGUACAACGGGGUUAAGAUUUUUUAGUCUUGGGGCUAUCAAAUCUUCGUGAACCGGGGAAGGGUGAAGAAAGAACACAUUUUUUAAAUAAAAAAUUUAAAUAAAAUACGUAAAUGUUCAGAACUUGAAAUUUAUUUUAAAUCAAAUUAAAUAGCAUUUAAUUAUAACGAAAAAUAAUGAUUUACGAAUAAAUUACAUUAAAAAACAAAUGAUGGUCCUAUUGACUGAAUUGCGUAAACCUAUCCUUCUCUAAUCGUCAUUGGUCAUGAAGUUUCAUUAUUUGUCGAAAUGGAUAAACCUACUAAUAAAUUAGCACUAUCUUCUAUUAGUUUUUCCGGUAAAUAUUUAGAAUAAGGGAGCCACCUCCGAUUUCGAUCACCUUGAAAUAUGUUGUCAAGGUGGUCAUUCUGAACAACUUUUUCCUAUACAUAUAAUAGUCGGACUCUUUUAGUUUUCGAGAUAUUUGAGAAAAUAACGCGCUUUACUGUCAAUAUUUCCAAGAGUGAAUAAAUCGCAACUAUGAUCUCCUCUGUUGUUUUGGAGGGCUUCGGUCCCCAAACCCACCAGCCCCCACCACGACAAUAACCCCAAACCCCUUUGGGACGAACUUUUUUAGGUACUUCGAAAACACAUGUGGGGAUUAAUGAACGGAAAUCAGAGGUGGCUCCCUUAUUCUAAAUACUUACCUUUUACCGCGGAAUAAUACUGCAGGAAUAGAAUGUUUUAUUAUCUAUCCGUUUAUUAGAAGGACAGCGAGACAAGAAAAAAAACGAUACAGAGUUCAGACAAAACACACACAUACCCACACACCACAGUACAUAAAAAUCGUAAUCCGUAAUCGUAAUCGUAUUCCGUGUUCAUAAGCUUUUGGUCGUAAUCGUGAUCGUAAGCGUAUCGUCGUAUCGUGGUUCCGUAGAAAUCUGCCUACCGCGCCGAGAAACGCGUCCUUAAACCGGGUAUCCACUUAUGCCAAACGCCCGUAUCGUAUUACCGUUGCCUAUCCUUUUGAAGAGGCAGGCGGUGCAUCGUUGCAUGUUACAGCGUGCUACGGCUCGUUCAACAUUUCUUCGUUUCUUGAAAGAAACGGUUCGGCAAUAGGACUGGGUGACUAUAGGCGAGGAGUUUCGGUUUGCUGCCUGCUGUUCCUCUGAUACGGAGAUACGCAAUAGGCCCAUCCGAAAAAUUUGUCGGUUCUUUACCGUUGCAUCGAAGGAAAUGUUCAUGCAUUUGCACUAGACGUAACGAUUCGUGUCGUCACUUGGGUUUCAAGUUCAAUAAAUUAACAUUUCAGUUUAUUUAAAAUCUUGCGGUAUUAUUGGACUCAUUUCAAAAUCGAUGAAAUUAUUUAUGAAUUUAAUCUAAUUUAAUUAGACAAAUUUUAUUGUCUAAAUAUAUUUCAACUAGCUUCGUUACCCGGCUCUGCCUGGGAAUUUUAAUCAACUAUUAUUAUCCCUACUUCCUCAUUCCUAUCCCUACUUCCCUGUCCCUAUCCCUACUAAUAUAUAAAAGUGAAAGUGUCUGAUCGUUUGUUCUUCUUCCCGUUUAAUGCUUCUUUGUUAGUCAAAAACAUAACGAAUCGUAAUAUGACAUAGCAUAUGUCCAUUUUGAAAGAAUAAGCUGUCCAACAGGGCAAAUUUCAUUAAAAUCCGUUUAGCCGUUUAAACGUGAAAGAGGAACAAACGAUCAGACAUUUUCACUUUUAUACAUUAAGUAGGGAGUAGGAAUUAAUGCAAUGUAUUGAUUUCGAUCUCUCUGGCUUUUCGCCAACUUUUAACAUCAAUUUUCAGAAGUAAUUAUAAUUCAAACUAUAUCGUGUUUGGUAUCAUUUUAAUCAAAAAAAUUUCAUCAAUACGAUAGUAAAAGUUUCAUUUUAAAAAAGUCAAAAAUAAAAAAGUUUUAUAAUUCAAUUAGUAUUAGUCAUACCGAUAAGUUUCGACUCUUUUCUUUGAUCAUUGGAUCUCUUUCUCUCUCUCUCCUCCACUGUCUAUCCCUUUCUACGUUCACGCUUGGCUGGUCGUCGCGUGUAACCCGAGAUUCGACACCUCGGCUGGAUAUAUGCAACGUCUGGGUCCCAAUGUUUGUUGCAUAUAUCCAGCUUUUACUGUAUUGCAAGUAGUCUAAAGAUGUAUUAAUUUAAUAAUUAAUCUCUCAAUUUUUGUUUGACUUGUACUUAUUAAUCAAUCAUUUGUUUAUUAUGUCGUUAAUUAGAAUUAUUUGAGAAGUUUUUCUAAUAAAAUAUAAGUCUGAAGAUAAAUUGUUCAUAUUUUAUUACACAGAUUGUAUAUUAAUUUCGCCACUUGUAACCUUUUGAUAUUUUAAUUCUAGGCUAAUGAAAAAUCACCUUUUUAAGUAUUAGUUGACCUAAAGACGUCAGGUAAGAACCUAAAUUGUAUCAAACAUUUGAAUCUUUUUCUAAAUGGAGUUUUUUUUUAAAUUAUGCAAUGCUCUAAACCAGUGCUAGGAAUUACUUGCACAUUUCGGGCCGAUUCCUGAGGCACCGCCUGCUGUACCUCUACUGCCGCUCUAGGUUCGACUCUGGAUGUGCUCCAGGCGUGAUUGCGAAGCGAGCGUUUGAAUUUGUCAUUUCUCAGGUCGAAGUAUGAAAAACAGUCCUGCGGGACGCGAGGUAACCGUUACCUCGAAGCCGCUUUGUUGACGAGCGGCAAACGGUUAUGUUGCCUCGCAGAAGACCCUUCAGGUCCCGGCAAACAACCAUCAGGUAAAGAUUAUACAAAAGGUCAUAAAACCGACGCCUGGUCGACCACCCUUGAUUGGGGUCGCGUACCGUUAGGCGCUCAGCACUUACAAAUUACGGAAUUUCCAAAAAUUGUGGAAAAACCCACGGCAACUCAUCGACUGCUUCACUUCUACUCUUUCACAUCCCCCACCACAUUUUCUCCACCAAUCAGCAAUAGUUCUAGGCAUAGAUCAUUUCCAUAUAUACAUGCACUCGAAAAAAGCAGAGCUAGAACUCUGACAACUUUCACACUGAUAACACUUCGGAAACAUAUACUCUCAUCUUAAUUGUAUCAUACAGUUAGUUAUUAAAUACAAUUCAUAUUAAACAACUCACCUGUUCCCAAUCAUUGAACAUAAAACAAUUCUCGAAUAUUAAUUUAUUCGAGGAUAACUGAGGCAUCUGAAAUCGACACAACGAUCUCAAGUCGCAGUAUUAUACAGGUUACAUCGAAACUUUGACUAUAUGAUAUUGAACAGCACCAAAAGAAACAAUUAUAAAAUAAAAAGUGCUUUUCAGUAUUUGGGCUUGUUAUGUUUUAAACAUCCUGAACGGUUUACAUUUAUUUUGCUUCUGGCAAAUUCAUUGUUAACGCGUCUAAAAGUUAUAAGCAAUUGAAAUUAGUGAAAAUCGUGACUAACCGACGCGCAAAAGUAUGCACUUACAAAUAAGUGCAUUGACCGAUCUCGAUGAAAUUUUCAGCGUACACAUAACAUACUUCAAUUUACAAAUGUCAUAUUUGAAAUGUUAAUUACAGGCUCAAAUAAAGUUAAAAAGUUGCCUUUUACUAUUUUUUUCCCGAUUUCGACAAAUUAUAAAUUUUUUAAAACGACAGAACUACAUAUCUUGUUGUUGGUAAAUUAAUUUGUAUAGCUUCUUGAGAAACCUCAAGACUUUUGGUCCAAUUUUAAAUGAGGUAUUCUGUUUUAAACGGUGUCCGAACACUUUUGCGCGCCACUGUAUAUCUACAAAAUGUAUGUUUUUAAUUUUCAUUAUAGGCUCGCAUAUAAAAGUUGAAAAAUUAUCCUUCACUAUUUUUUUUCACCAUUUUAACAAAUUGUAAUUUUUUAAAACGACCAGGCACAUCAUCUAGUAGAUUAAUUACAAGCGACA